UGUUGAUAUACGAAGAGAAAAGAAAACCCUAGGUCGUCUCGUCUGUUCUCGAUACAAAUAUGUUGGGCAGCUGAGGCGGCCACAUAACUCCGUGAAUUGAGCUUCGAUAUCAGAAGAAAAAGAAAACGAGCGAAGAGAUGAGUCGCGGCGGAGCAGCAUCGGUGGCGAAGGGAGGAAAGAAGAAGGGAGUCUCCUUCGUGAUCGAUUGCGGGAAGCCUGUGGAGGAUAAGAUCAUGGACAUCGCUUCGCUCGAGAAGUUCCUCCAGGAGAGAAUCAAGGUGGGCGGCAAGGCCGGCGCUCUCGGCGACGCCGUCGCCAUCUCCCGUGAAAAGAACAAGAUCACCGUCACAUCCGACAGCAAUUUCUCUAAGCGGUAUCUCAAGUACUUGACCAAGAAGUACCUGAAGAAGCACAAUGUGCGAGAUUGGCUCCGUGUGAUUGCUUCCAACAAGGAGAGGAAUGUGUAUGAACUGCGGUACUUCAACAUAGCCGAGAACGAGGGAGAGGAGGAGGAUUGAAGACUGAUAGUUCAGUAUCUGCUGUUUUUUUAGUUUGGUUCAAUCUGUUUGAAAGGCUGUUUCUCUACUAUGUUGAUCUGUAGGCUUCCUUGUCGCCGCUGUCGUAGAACUUGUUGGGAAUUUUGGUUAAUGGCGAAUCUAGUAGAUGUCAUACUUGCUUUCUUUAGCUGCUACAAAUAGAAUCUUUAUUUCCUUGCUAUAGAUUUGCUCUUAACGUAUGUUUCAAACCAAUGGAUAAUUGCCUAUGUUUUUGCUGUUGGUACACCGUGCAAGUACCUUUGAUAUUCAUCAAUGCUGUCUUCCAACCAUU